UGGAAACACAAAAAUGUGCUUUGUAGUGCAGUCUUGUUAAUGUCUACUGUGCAUUUCCUCAGUGGGAUUGCUGGCAGGUAAGUACUGUAUAUGGCUCUCAUACAUGACUAUACUUUAAACAGAAGAGUUCUGUAAUGUUUUGGUACUAAAUCUCUUUUCUAGAAAUUGUUGGUAUUUUUACUCUUAGAAAAGGAUUAUGAUUCAGAAUAUACUUUCAGAUAAAAUGUCUACAUUCUCUAGCAACAAGGUAUGUGGAGUUUUUUUCCUGGAAUAAAAAGUGAGACUAUUUGUAGACAGUUCCUAACUUCCCCAUUUCUGCCGAUCACACUGCAGUGGUACUGUCUGUUACCUGGGGGAGGGAAGAAGAAAGAGAUUUACAAGAGAGAUUUUCCUUUACAUAUGCGAUUGAGUCCUCCCAAUCCAGGGAGCUUAUGGAGUGCCUUCACUGAUCAAAUGGGUCCCUUGGAUGGCAAAGGGAUCAUCCACAAAUUAACACAAGAGACUGGCACUGUUUUCUCAAGAGAAAGAUCUGAAACAACUCACUGAAGCUUUCAUGCAACAUGGCUAGAAAAACCAAGGGGUGCAUUGCAGAAGAGGCAGAAGGUUAUCUCCUCCAAAGUAGUUCCCUUGGGGCAGCCAGCUACACAUCAACAGAGACAUUGUUUCCAUUGUUCGUAGCAGUGCCGGGAGGCUUCUUCUGGAAUGCACUUCAGCUCAUCAGUUACUCUCUUAUGGAUAUUACCCAAAGUUCCAAAAUGGCACCCUUUCAAGUGGUUUUUGAGCUGGGAGAAUAAGGAGAAGUCACAGGGUCCAAGAUCUGUGAAGAAGGGUGGGAAAGACCUGGGAACCACAGGAAUGCUUUUUUUCUCCUGAGUCCCCUUGGGGAGAUAGGGCAGAAUACAAAUAAAAUUUAUUAUUAUUAUUAUUAUUAUUAUUAUUAUUAUUAUUAUUAUUAUUAUUAUUCAAAAAAUUAUUGAUGGAGAUUGUCGUGUGACAUGGGAUGCUGUCAUGCUGUAGCAUCCAGGUGCAUGCAAUGCCUGGUUGUACACAUGCCAGCCUCUUCCUAAGCCUUUCAAGAACUUCCCAAUAGUUUGAUUGGCACUUUGUCUUGGAAGCAUAGACUCUUUGCAGAUGAUCCCCUGACUAUAAAAAAAAUCAAAUGAACAUUGAUUUGAUUUUCAGUUUGCUCAGUCUUGCUUUCUUGGGAUGGAGAGAGUUUGCAGUAUGCCACUCCCGGCUUUGGCAUUUGGUCUCCAGGCCAUACUCAAAAAUCCAUGAUUCAUCACCUAUGAUCACUCAACUGAAGAAUUCUGGCUCCCUCUCAAAACAGUUCAGAAGUUCAACACACACAUCCCUCCAAUUGGCCUUCUGCUCAGUCGUGAGAUUUUUUGGAACCAUCUUGGUGCCAUCGUUCUCAACAUCAGUCGAUGAUCUGACAUCAGAAGAGUCCUCAGUCUUUCCACAUUGUUGUCUGUUUAUGAGAUUGAAGAGCUUCCUGUACAAGAUGGCUCCCAAAAGACUUAAAAAUAUGCUCUUUUUCACAAUGGCUUUGGUCUCCAUUGUUUUCUGUUUUCUUAUCAAAUUGAGCUCUGAUGGCAUUUGCAUAUUCUGUCAGAGAAAAAGUGAGGUUGUUUCCUUUAAGAGAGACACUGGAAAUUUCCUUCAGCUGCCUCUUACAGAUUGUAGUAGGAACCCCCCAUUUCUGGUAAUACUUGCAACGUCAUCUCAUACGCAAUCCAAAGCCCGGAUGGCCAUUCGUGAGACAUGGGGCAAAGAAAAACUGAUAGAUAACAAACGUAUUGUGACCUAUUUUCUUCUGGGAACUACUUUGAAUCAUGAGGACCAAGUUGCUGUUACAGCUGAGAGCCUAAAAUAUGGAGAUGUAAUCCAGAAGGAUUUUACAGAUACCUAUUACAACCUAACACUAAAGACCAUGAUGGGCAUUGAAUGGGUUCAUAAAUUUUGUCCACAGUCCAGCUUUGUGAUGAAAACAGACUCUGAUGUAUUUGUGAAUACUUACUAUCUGACAGAACUCCUGCUAAAGAAACACAGACAUACUAGAUUCUUCACUGGCUUUUUAAAAUUGAAUGAGCGUCCGAUACGGAAAAUAUUCAGCAAGUGGUAUGUGAGUAAAGAAGAAUAUCCAGCAAACACAUAUCCUCCUUUUUGUUCAGGGACAGGUUAUGUUUUCUCAACAGAUGUUGCCAGUCAGGUGUAUAACAUUUCUGAAAGUGUCCUUUUUGUUAAACUGGAGGAUGUUUUCAUAGGACUGUGCCUUGCUGAACUCAAUAUCAAGCCUGAAGAACUUGAUUCAAAACAAACAUUCUUCCCAGAAAGGCUCACAUUUUCACCCUGCUCCUUUAAGACAAUUGUGACAAGCCACUAUGUAAAACCUCAUGAGUUGCUCAUCUAUUGGAAUGCAUUAGAGAGGUCAAUGGAUGAAAAGUGCCCAAGUAGUGAUUAUCAUAGACCAUCACCACUACACUGGUCUAAACACAGUACUCGAAACAUGCAGAAAAAUAGAAAAGUUUGAAUCCAGAAAUCUUUGCUUAGAGAUUUCAGGGGUGUAGGCUGUACUAUUCUUUGGAGGGAGGUGGGUGGUAAAAGUCUAAUCCUUUGCACUUUUUCCUUAGAAAUAAAGCUCAUUGUGUUUAAUGGGGCUUACUCACAAAUAAUAUUGCAUAACAUUGCAGUAUUAAAUAUCGGUUUCAUUACAACAGCUUUUAAUUAAUAAAUGAAAACUAAACAUUUUCA